AUGGAAACGAAUCGUACGGAUGCCGUUCCAACUCGAAACAAAAGUGCAUUUGGCAAGUUGACUAGUAAAUUGAGAAAAAACUUUGGCAUCUGGAAGCCAAGUACUACAGCAUCACCUACGACGCAAAAUUUGAUUAGAUCGAAAGGUGAAGCCAGUAAGUUUACGAUUGAUCAACAGCGAAGUGAAUUAGAGGAGAAUAAUAAAGGAGGACCUGAGGAAGUGAACUCAAGAUCUAAGCGAUGUGGUAUUGAAAAGGAGUCCAAAGAUGAUCACUCGGACGAAGUGUCCACUUCGGACGCAUCGGUCUUUGUUGUUUCCAGACCGAAGCAUAGUUUCAAUCAGAUCGAACAGAUUCGUUGCGAGACGCAUGAGCAAAAUAACGAUGCCAGUGACGAAGACGAGCAAGAAAUUCAAGAGGAGAUACGUUUUCAAAGUGAUCAUGAAACAGACUAUCGGAGCAACGAGAAUGAUAAUGAGGCUAACUGCAGUUUGAAAGAGCUGCCGCACAAUAUUAACGGAGAAGUCGAUCUACUAGAUAUUGUUGCCCAAGAAAAAAAGAAGCCGAUUUUAAAAGCUAGUUCACGGAUACCUGCAGAUGGUAACGAAGACCGAAAUUAUGAUGAUGAUACUUAUCUGGAUGAGUCAUUGAGGCCUACAAAACAUGCUGAUUUUAUGGUCAGUGGAGUUACCUUGACGGAUUCUCAAAAUCAUACUACGGUGUGCAGCGAUCAUGACAAAAAGUUUAUAGACAAAGAUAUAGUUACAACUCCUCGCACAAGCUAUUCGCCUUCUUCUCCAUUAAAGCGAAUGCAAUUAGGACCCGGCAUUGAUAUGAUGCCUUCGUGUGAACCGCUUUUGUCCGGCAGCUGCCUGUCUAAUCUUCCUUUUCAAGACAUACAUGAAGAAAACGAUAGACCUUGCAAUCGUUCAGUAUCGCUACAAGGUUUUAGAGGCCGACCUCAUUCAGAGACGUCAAUUUUAUCGUCAGCUUCACAGAUCCCCGAGGUGAAGUCGAUGACUGAAAAGCUGUUGGAAGAUGAAUUACAACUAACCGAUGAAGACAACGUGGAAACCACUAAACCUGACACGGGUGCUUUGAUCACUCAAGCGUUUGGCGAGCGGAUUGUCAGCUUGUUAGCAGCCGACGCAUGGGCUGAUAGACAAGAUGCUUACGAUGCGAUUAAGUUAGCAGUGAAGAAGGCAAAUGUUUCUAGUAUUGAUUCGAUGGAACGGCAACGACUGUUGUGUGCUUCGCUUGCAGCUGUGCAAUGCGGUGUCGAGGAUCGUGUCGCUCCCGUUAUGUACUGUGCACUUGAGUGCUUUCGUGCCGUUUUGAAAGAAUUUGCUCGUGUACUUCCCAACAAACGUGCGAAAGCGGAUGUUCACUCAAAUAGUGUGGCGUGCUUGAACACCCAGUUGUCCAGUUUGGUAGGUGCUCUCGUUAAGAAGAUCGGAGACUCAAACAAGCGAACGCAACGCGAAGUCACACAAGCGCUAAUUCGGAUUGCUCGCCUUCGAUCAUUGCGAGCCAUUCCACACCUGCUAUUUCAUUUGAGUGGACGGGAAGUUGCACCACGUCGACAGCUUGAAAUGCUACGCCGUUUGAUCCAAGAAUUUGGUCUUUCAUCCUUGGCUGAUUCCUCCUCGCAACACCGACAAUUAACAGUAGAGACCGUGGUAGCAUUCGUUGCACCAAACUUAACAGUUGCCGAGGAGAAGACGCGCAAAGUUGCGGUGGAGAUUCUCGCAGACAUCCAGACACUUAGUGGUAAAUCGACAGCUUGGCAAGCUCAACUUGCUUGUGUUGGUACAUAUAAGCCAGAAAUGCUUCGCGUUAUCACUCGUCGUGUAGAUGAAUUACUUGCUAAGCGGCAACAACAACACUUAGCGAAUACUUUGCCCGAAGAAACAGGAAGCGCCGCAACGAAUCAAGCAGAAGAGCAGGCCGAUGAUGAAGCUGCUUUUCCGCCAGCUGAACUAGUUACCGUUCCACAAGAAGAUUCACAGUCGAGUAUGAAACUACUUGAAAUAUUACUAUCAAAUGCACAACAUAUCGUUGGGCCUGUGAACUGGCGAAAGCUUUCUAGCAAAAUGUGGAAUGAUCGAAAGGAAGCACUUUUAGAUAUUGAUAAAGCUAUGACUGAAGCAAAGUCAGACUUGCGUGAUGUACGCCCGGAUUUUGGAACUUGUGUGCAAAGUACGUUUGCUGCAUAUAGCGCACUGCUGCACCGUGCGUUAGGUGAUAGUAUUGCGCCUGUAGCCAACACUGCUCUCGACACUUAUACAACACUUAUUAAAGUCUAUGGCCCUCGAGUUGAAUGGCGUGAAACGAAUGUGCGUGACGUGACAUUGCUGCUUCUCUUACGGAUGCUGGCAGCAAUGCAGAAACCCAACACACGCACGACUCGAGCUGCAUGUCGUGGAGUUCUUAAACUUGCACGAUUGCCUAAUGCACGUCACCCGCUACGCUACGUGCUUUCGUGUGUAUUUAAUGGUGAAGGAAGCAGUGCAUGUGACGUGCACGUGCAGAUGCAUAUGCUUCGUCUGUUGGUACCCGAAUUUGGCUUCCAAGCUGAUGGAUUGGGAGCUUCGCGUGUACUUGAAGUGGUUUGCAAGGGUUUGACGCACAAUAGUGCUCGUAUGCGACGUUCUGCAGCUGAUGUUGCACUUAGUGCACAAAGACUUCUUGGCCGGGAUUUUGUCUUGACUCGUCUUCAAGGUGUCAAGUCCGUGACUUUGAGAGAACUCGAAAAAAGUUUUGUGGAUGGUGCUGCGUCUUGUCGACCGCAAACUGUGGCUACUGAUGCUUUAUUGAGUGGAGCCACAGGAUCAUCGCUUGUGACACUUAGAGAUCCUGAUAACUUUCUAGCAAGGCGAUGGCUUCAGAGUGCACCGGUAAGUAAUGGGCAUUUGCAAUGUACACCGGAUUUUGAAGAACUGUCGACGAACAUCAGUCCACAAUCUUGUGCGUCAAAUAUGAGUCAUGAGGACGAAAGCUUGAUGGACUCGAUUUUAGGUAGUAAUGAAGUUUAG